CUCUCUCUCUCUCUCUGUCUCUCUCUCUGUGUGUCACUGGCUCUCGGGUCUCUCAGUUCUUGGAGCGGCUGGUUCAGGAUGGAUGUCUCAUGUGCGCAGAUGCCAUCGCUGAGCGCUGGACCCCACUGCAUCCCGUCGGCAGUGUGCGCGUGAGUGUGUGAGAGUGUGUGUGUGUGUGUAUGCGUGCGUGUGAGAGAGAGUGUUGCGGGGCAGCGCCGGUCGGGUGAAGACGCGUGCGAGUUUGCGUGUGUGUUUUGGGGCAGAUCUCAGUGGAAUCUCUCACUCUGGAUGUGUAAGGAUCACGGGAGGACCGACUGACUGUACGUGCGCCCUCACGGAGAAACUUCCAGCAUGGCAGACCCUCUCUCUGGACUCACAUCAGUUCUCGUGCCCUGACGGACCGCUGCUGUGCUGAGAGGGAAGACAUGUACUGGUCAUCUCUCCCUCACCUUCAUCAUCAUCAUCAUCACCACCACUGAUCCGUGUCUGGAGGAACCAUGGUGAGCAAGGACGCUGGUAAAUGCAUGCUCACCAACUCUGAGUCGGACUCAGAGGCAACCGCGGCCUCCAUGGCCCUGGAGGUCAAAGGAUCGUCAGACGAAAGCCGACAUGUGCGCAAGCGCAACAAGGCCCUUCAGGUGCGCUUCAAGGACAUCUGCGAGGCACAGAACGAACAGGCCGCUGCGGCCCGAGGAGGGAAGCCGCCCUACAAAGUGGCUUACCGCAAGUACAUGACCGUCCCAGCUCGCCGAUCAAUCCCCAAUGUCACCAAAAGCACUGGAGUGCAAACGUCACCGGAUCUUAGGAAGCGUUACCAGACUUUUCCAUUUGAUCGAAAGAAAGGACACACAGUCAAGCAUGCCGCUGCGGUGGAGAGCUGUAAGGACCAGGACGAUGGGUUUGUAAUUGACGUGAAGAGGGCGAAAGCUACUGAGGCGGGCAGGGAGUGCACGCCCUCUCAUAAUCUGAGGAAAACAAGAGCAUUAAUGCACACCAGCAAGUGCGUCGCAACCAUAGAGCAACAUCCGCAAGCCAGGGACUGUCUGGAGAGAACGGACGGACCGUGCUCGGACGCUUUGGUUCUUCCCUGUCCGACAGAUAGGACCAUAGCGGGAGCGGACCACUCGGACUAUCAGAUCUGUAGCGUCAAAAGUAAACACAGUAAGGGCUUCCGGAGAGACUCCGAAACUCUUGAUCGCUCAGGCAAGCUGCAGUUGCUGAACUCUGGGGAGAGCGGUGGGAAUAUUGUCCAGGAUUCCUCCUCCAAAGUGACGGGACCCAUCGCGUGGAACUCCCUCACGCAGGUGGAGUGCUUGGAGAGUCCAACUGAGCGCAGCAAACGCAAGAAGGCACUGCAGCUCAACGGCCUGCAGUCACAGACGCUGCCGCGGGCCAGUUGCACUACGCAGGUCCAGUGCCACGUGGGUACGCUGUCUGCUCGACCGCUGAGGGCCAUGGAAGAGGCGGCGGCGGUGACUUCGGUCUCCUCGACUGCCGUUCCCAUGCCGGCUCCUCCGUCCAGGGGCGGCACGGGAACGGGAACUCUACAGACGGAUAAUGAGGCGUGCAAGCAGAUAGUGCCUGUCAAUCAGGAUGGGGAUGUUAAAGCGCAGCUCCAGGCCAUGGAAAACAUGAUCAGCUCCAGCCAGGAAACCAUCAAAGUGCUGCUGGGUGUCAUUCAAGAGCUGGAAAAAGGAGAAGCUCAUAGAGAAGGGCUCUCCUAUCGGACCGGACAGGACACGGCCAACUGCGACACGUGUCGGAACAGCGCAUGCAUUAUUUACAGUGUGGAGCUGGACUUUAAACUGCAGGAAGAUAAGCUACAGCCUUUAAUGAAGAGAUUGUGUCCCACGGAGGAGUCCCUGUUCCCCCCUCUGCCCUAUCCUCAGGAGACCAUCGGCUCCACGCCCAAACGCAAGUCCAAAGUGGAGGCCAAGAAACACGCGCGCUGGAAACUCUGGUUUCUGUGACCGCAGGAUUACAUACACCGCUUUCUACAACUUUAUUAUGCUUUUGAUCAUAUUUUCAAGAAGGGAGUUCAACGACAGAAUGCAAUGCUCCAUGUGCAUCUGUUCACUUGCUUAGUUAUGCCCGUUUUUGAUCAGGAUGGUACAGGUUUUUGGUUUUCCCCCCUUCUGUACUUUAUGGAUGCGAGUACUGAACUUGGUUUGGAAAUAUCGCAGCCAGCAUUCAUAAAAAAUAAAAUAAAUGUAUAUUCAAACAGAAAAAAAAAAAAAAUAAUGGAAUUUGCUUCCGGAAAAAAAAGAAGAAAAAAAAAAAAAAAAGGAAUAAUGAGACUCUUUCCCUCAAGCAGAGUGUGAAAUUAUUUUAAGAGAGUGAGAGACAUUACUGGAUCAAUAACAAAUCUUGCUUUACAAUUGUUGUUAUUUUUUUGGUCCUCAUCCUGCUAAAGGUUUGGAAAAUCAGGAGGAUGUUUAAAACACAAACAGGACACAAGCUUUUCAUUUUGGUCUUCUCUUCCUCAUGGAAAUCGACGCAAUCGCAGCAUUAAAUCGAAGCACAACUCUUCGGAUGCACUGGAUGAUGAUUCUCACAGAGGACUUCAUGGAUUUAAAACUCACUAGAGGAUGUAAUUAUUUGCAGACCAAACCAGUGAACUCACAACAAAUUCAUUAUAUGGGAUUUAUAUGGAAAUAAUCUUACAAGCCUCUGUGAAUUCAUAUAAACUUUCAUAUACUAUUAUUACCAGGAAAAAAAAAGGAAAAAAGUAUGACUUAUUUUUCUAGAUUCGUAAUAAUCACACAUUUAAAGAUUUUCUAGACACACUAUAUAUAAGCUUCUCUCACUUAUUGGAUUAUUGAAAUUAUAGGAAGCGUUUUAAGCUCAGUGUCUAUUCAUUUUAAAUUAUUUAAUUUCAAAUAAUGUUCUUCUAAUACAACUUCAGACAUAACCAUGGAAACAACGGUAAAUGUUUACCUUUUUGUGACAGGAAGUCAUGUGAUACACAGUCACCAUAAAGCUGCGAUCACUCUGAUGAGCUGAUCUGCAUAUGAUAAAAAAGAUGUUUGGACAAUACAGGAUCUAAAUGUCACAGAUUGACCUCUUGGUGCAAUAUAAAAAAAUACAAACUACAAAGCCGAACAGUUUGUAGUGUUGCAGGAAAGUAGAUUAAAUUUAUAUUUUAACAUUUUAAAUGUAUUUUUACUUAAAAACAGAAUCCCUAGAGUGUGACAUCGCAUCCUGUUUAGUGUGACCUCACUUCUAACAUCUGCACUGAAUCAAACAAUGUUCCUUUUGAAAAAGAAAAAUGAUGAGCACCAGAGCAAAUAAGAAACGGUGGAGCAUGUGUGUGUGUCACAGGUCUUGCAGGAGGUAAUUGACAGUCAGAGCGUAAUGAGAGCAGGUCAGCUCGUCUUCACCAUGACAAUGUUCA